AUGACCACUACACAAGCACCCUACCAAUCCGCCAACUUCGUGGAUUACAACCCAAACCCCAGUUCCACCACUCCCACUGGAACCAACGUCAACACCGCCGGUCCUCACAGCUCCAACAUCGCCAACUCACUCGACCCCCGCGUCGACAGCCAGACCGGCACCACCACCACCACCACCAAGACAACCAGGGAUAUUUCGGGGGCGGGUCCAGCGGGAGUCGCGCAUGGAUCCUCCACGGGGGCCGCUGGCAUGCCGGGACCCGGGAACGAUCGUGCGCAAUAUGACCCCGCUGUCUCGGGAUUCAACCCCUCCACUGGAUCCGGGUAUGCGAAGAGUAGCGGCGUCGGAUCCCAGCCUACGCCGUCGUCUGGUAGUUACAAUCGGCAGGACUAUCGCGCUGAAGGGCAGAGUCAAUCCGCGGCGAAGGGGGAGGAAGUGGGUCGGGGGGUGAAGUCGGCCAUUGCGGGAAUUCACGGUGCCGGAGAGUCGCUCCGAGGAGCACUGAAUGCGGCUGUCGACAAGGCAUUUGGCCAUGAAGAAGGGGCGGCGAGGAAUGAGGCGAUUGCGAACCGGGGCGAACAAGAGAUCCAGACGGGGAAUCUGUGUAGCCAGAGAGGGACCCGCUAA